GUUGUAGAUACCCCAUUAACGUGAUACAAGAUUUGAGUUGUCAACACAUCAGAACUGUGGGGUAUUAGUGAUGUCCAGUAGUGUUUAUGUUUUAGGGCUUUUCUUCAUACGCAAAAUGCUGUAAAAACGAAGGGGUAAAUUAUGAUUUCGUGAAUGACGGUGUAUGAGUCUUAUGAGAGCAAGUAGAGUGAUGAGGUCCUCUAGUCCUGAGGCGGAGGUGCGUGUGGCGGUGGGCUCGUGCCUGAGAUGCGUCGCUACCUCGCGGCGCAACGAAGAAACAGACCGCGCGCUCAGAGCGCUCGCGCGUUACCUGGAGGACGGCGACGCCUCCGCUAGUAGGAGGGCGGAGUUCAACCGCGCGCAGUACACGCGAGUGCUGCAAGUGCUCGUCCGCACGCUCAGCUCAGAUUGGUUCCACAGUCUGUGCGCUGAGAGACGCAAGGAAUUGUGGGAUACCUUUUUCCUCAAAGGUCCUCCGGACCAAGCCCUUAUGAUGCUACUGGACUCAGUCAACUCCAUUAGCGACAGUUCUGGUUUGGAGCAGUGUGUGCGCGUGUUAGAGAACUUCCUGAGCUCAGGUCGUGUCAGAGUGUUGCUGUGGUCCAAGUGCGAGGGUGGCAGUGAACACACUGACUCUGCCCGGCUGAGGGAGACCGUCUUGGGCCGCUUGGCAGCUCUGCCAACCCUCGCUGCCAACCGGCUCCACACACACACACCUGUACUGUUCCUGCCGCAGCAGUAUUAUCAACAGCUUGCCUGUGACAUUCUCGCCACACUGGAGAAGACCUGCCAGACUCUGAGAGUGGGUCAGGACUGCUCUCUUGGCUUUGUGGCUCAGUUGCUGGGGAAAGUGUGUAUGCAGGGGCAUGGAGGGUUGGUGUGUGGCAUGUUGGCCCCUCAUCUCUCUUCUCUCACACGCUCGGAUGUUCUGUGGCAGCGGGUGAGUUGCAAAUUGUUGGAGAAUGUUCCAGAACGCUGGGUAGAGAGUGUCAUCACGGCACUUAUACACAACUUGCAUGGGGCAUCAGCGUUGUCAAGAGUGAUGGGGAAUCUGGUGUUGAAGAAUAAGAAAGUUACAUUUGUGCUGACUCACAAACUCCUGCUGCUGCAGUACCAGCAUCCAACUCGGUUAUUGAGGACCGUGCUGGGCUAUCUCGCACUGGAGGAAGGCCGCAGGUUGCUCCUCAGACAGGUGUUGCAGAGUGUGUGUGAAGUGUGGUGUAACAGCAGUGCAGUAAGACACACUCCGGUGGAGCAACAGCUGUAUGUGAGCAAAGCCCUGCUCCUGUGUGUGAGUCUGCUCAACCACACAGACAUACAGGAGCUACGGGAAGAAUUGUUGCAGUGCAUGCUGGGAGGAGUGCAGUGUCGUUUGGACAGCAACAUUGAGUGUGUACGAAGGAUUGGCAUGGUGGUUGGGGAGUGUCUCAGUCAAAAAUUAGACCCACCCACCUCUCAGCUCAAAUUUCAGUAUGAGGCAAAUGAGGAGAGCAGGGAACUGUCGUCUCUUAUGGAGCUUCAGUCUAAAGAUGAUGAUGAUGAUGAUGAUGAAGAAGAAGAGCAGCAGGAAUCUGAUGUUCCAAACAGACCUAAACCAUGGAACACUGGUCAGAGGUUGGCUGAUCAGCCAGUGACAUCACAGUUCCCAACAGCCAAUCAGACACCAGAGGCUGGACUUGGCAGCGAUUCUGAGCUUGACAGUGAUGAUGACCUCACUCCAUAUGACAUGUCUCAUGAUCAGGUGAAGCAGAAGGUAACUUCGCCCCACUACAUCAGAGACUGCCUGGAGGCUCUGAUGUCCUCUAAUGAUCCAGAGAGGCUAGAGCUGAGUCUCCAGGUGGCUGAGGAGCUCUUGAGGAAGAACAUCAGUGCCACACGAGAGGUGAGUGUGAAGUUCACUAAAGUACUAUUACAUCUAGAGGACAGGUACAACACUACAGGCUUCUACAAACUCCGACAGAACGCUAUGGUGGCCCUUGCAGUCAUGCAUACACAGCCGGUUGUGGAAUAUCUGACCACUGAGUUUUACUCACUGAACUACAGUCUGAGACAAAGGCUGGAUAUCCUCGAGGUUCUUGCUCUCUCCGCCCAGGAACUAUCUGAGCCAAUCCCAGAUAAGCGGACAGGGCCUCACUCUGUUACUCCGGCAACCACCCUGGAGCUGUGUGGUGAGGUGGAGCACUGGCGUCAAGUUGUAGAGAAACGCAUCCAGAGCAAAACCAGGCGCAUCAGCAAGGGUGUAUCUCAGCCUCCUAAAGCUACUCCAAACCGUUACGCACCUGUUGCUGGUUACUUCUUCUUUCCCCUACUGAGGAACUAUGACAGGCAACAGGUGACCUUUGACCUUUUGGGCAAUGACCACUUAGUAUUGGGCAGACUAAUGCACACUCUAGGACUACUCAUGCACCUUGCCAUCAAUGCUCCAGUAGCUACGCAAAUGGGGAAAGCUCUGCUGGACUUUGUGUGGGCAGUUCGUUUCCAUGCCGACCAGAUGGUGAGGAGGGGAGUAUUGUUUGCAGUUUGUGCAGUGUUUUUAAGCAUGCCCAGUGAGAAUUUAUUAAUGGAAAUCAGCGAUGACCUAUUGGAGAACAGGGCCUGGCUGGCAGAUAUAGCAGAGAAUGAUCCUGAUGCUGACUGCAGGAGUUUGGCAAUGCAGAGUUUAGUGCUACUGGAGAGAAACGUUAAAAGUCACCUUAAGAAUCCCCCACUAGAGGCAUAAAUCUACGUACGUGUGUAUAAGACGAAGAGAGAGAGAACUCACGCGGAGUGAUAUGUCCGUGCAUGCUAUGGUGUUGUAAUGCUAACUGGCCCCAUCAACAUGAGACAGACUGUGGAGUGGCUCCCCUGCAAUAGCGCCCCCUGCUGGAGUGCUAGGCAGCUGGUGGUCAUUCCGAUGCAUUGAGGCCAUAAUACUUGGACUGCCAACAUGUCAUCUUGGUGUGUUUGGAUCCAUCUGAGCACACUGCAGUUGUACAGUCUAUACGUGCAAGGGUUCAUUUUGGAUGUAACUGGUUUUGCCACAAGAAGGAUUGUCAAUGCAAAAGUAAGAUUUCCUUUCCAGGUGACCUACUGACAACAGUUUUUGAUAAAACAUGCACUCAUCCAGAAUCUUAGCUAUGUGAAGUUGCAAGGUGAAGAGGUGGGUCACUGGGGGGAAAUAAAGAUUUUCAUGAACAGAAAUUCA